CCAAGCAGUGCAAUAUCGCCACCAAAGGGGGCAGCCAGUGCCUUCAAGCAUGGGUGUGGUAAUCCAACAGAUGGUAUCAGCUCAGGCAGCAGGUGUAUUAUUUACCUGUGAUCCUCUCACUGGCCACCCAGCUAGGCUGGUUAUCAAUGCAAACUACGGUCUAGGAGAGUCUGUGGUGAGUGGCAAAAUAAUGCCAGACACCAUCACCCUUUCUCACAGUCCUAAAGGGUUAUGCCAGAUCAUCAGGAAGGAAAUGGGAACAAAGAAGCAGCAGAUAAAGCAAGCAGUUGAAGGUGGAAUUGUGUAUGAAGAUAUUUUAACAUCGCAAGCUGCACAGUGCUGCAUCAGUGAGGAUAUCAUUCUGAGAUUAGGACAAGUAGCUCUUCAGGUACAGAAAGCUUAUGGGAACUCAAGGGAUAUUGAAUGGGCAAUAAAAGACGCAGAUAUUUAUUUACUGCAGGCCAGGCCAGUAACAACCCUUGACACUGAAUCUGAAUUUGAGCUGAUGCAUGAGUUUGAUUCCCCUUUGGCCACAGACUACAUUUGGAUGACAACUUCCAAUGUGAGUGAAAUGUUGCCAGGAGCUAUUACACCUCUAAGUAUAAGCACCUUUGUCCAAGCUGCUGAAUGUGCAAUACAGGAUUUGCUAACCAAAUUUGGAAAGAUAGACCAUAUAUCUCCCUAUGAUUCUUCAUACUUUACAACCUGCUGUGGCCAUUUGUUCAUCAAUCUACUGUCCGCCUAUAAAUCAAUAGAGGGUGACCUGUUAACUGAAAAGAAUGAUUUUGACUUUUCUCUACGGGGACGUGUGUUGAAAGAAGUGACUGUAGAAGAUGUUAUUUUCAUUCAUGGGCGCACAUCCUUUUGGAGAAGAGUGAUUAAUUCAGUAAAGGUUUUAAAGUUUUUGCUAAGUCAUGAUGGAAAUGCCAGGAUUUUAGAGGAGAAACUGAAGAUAUAUCAGGUUCCGCCUGCAAACACAGCCAAAUUAUUUUACUUAAACAUAGAUCGAGAACUCCCAGAGUUUUAUAAGGGUUGGAUCACAUCAAUCGCAGUAUCAGCUAAAUCUACAGUCUGGAAUAGUGUUGUUAUACGUUUCUUCCUACAACAAGAACAUAUGUACACCCCGGAAAUGCUGUCAGAUCUAGCUGUGCUUUACAGCACAUGCCCAGAUGUUUUGUCCGCUGACAUCCCAACAUUUUUGGAGGCUAUUGUUGAACUGAUCAAAACCCAGGGAAUGGGAAACAAAUUACUGGAGAUGGAUACUCAGACUGCAGUAUCUUGGCUUUUGUCUCAACAAAGUGGAGUAAUUGGUCAGAAGUUUCAAAACUUCCUGCAAAAGCAUGGCUAUCGCUGUCUCAGAGAUGCUGAAUUGCAUGAGAAAUCAUGGGCAAGUGAACCAAAUAAAAUUAUUCCCGCCAUCCAGGCAGCUUUACGGAACAACAAGCCCAUUGCCAGAAAGAUCAAAAAGUCUUCAGAGGAUGCCAUCGCUUCCAUCAAGUCACCACUUUCAAAAUUCCAGAAGUUUAUCCUGCGCUUGGUAUUACCAAAGGCAAGAAAAGCUGUUGCCGUGAGAGAAUUUGGAAAAUCUAUGGGAAUCAAAAUGACUGAUGUCUUUAAAAGAGCCUAUUGGAAACUAGCUAACUUAAUGGUACAGGAGGGAUUUCUGCCAGACAAGGACUUGCUUUUCUUCCUGACCCACUCAGAAAUUGGAAAACUGCUUCUACAUAGAUCACCUGCUUUAAUCUCCAGAGCUCAGCGUCGAAAAAGACUGCUGGGAAAGCAAAUGAUUUUAACAUUUAUGGAGAUGAACAAUGGCAAGCCUAUUCCUAUUGACCACAAUCAGAGUGGAACCACUGGCAACCAAGUAACAGGUCUCACACUGACAGGUAUGAUAGUGAGCCAAGGGGUUGUGAAGGGAACGGCACGUGUUGUGAAAACAAUUCUGGAGGCUGACUGCAUCCUUCAGGGGGACAUUUUAAUUGUUAUAAACACAGACAUUGGCUGGAGCCCAUACUUCCCCUUGUUAGGAGGACUGGUCACUGAAGUUGGAGGAUUAAUAUCACACGGUGCUGUAGUUGCACGAGAAUAUGGAUUACCAUGCAUUGUAAGCUGUGUGCAUGCAACAAGCCUGUUCAGAUCAGGUGACAUUGUGAUUCUUAAUGCAGAAAAAGGAUUUGUGCAGAAAGUUGAAGAGACUGAAAAUUCUGAUUGUACCUAGAAGGUGUGGCCUCACUUCUAUCAGUUUCCAAAGGGUGCUACCAGGUUUCAGUUAUAUCAGUAUAAUUUGGCAAAAGAACCAGAGGGAGAUGAAUUUUUUCUUUUUUUGCAGCAUAUUGUGAAAGGGUGAUGAAAGCAGAUUCAAUUGUAGGUUUCUAAAGAGAAUCGGAUAUAUACUUGAAAAGUAAAAAUUUGCAGGGCUAUUGGGAAAGAACAGGGAAGUGAAACUAAUUGGCACAGGUAUGACAGGCCAAAUAGCUUCCUUCUGUGCUAUAAAGCCCCAGCUAUAAAUACCCUAUAGCUGAAAUGAUAUUUCUCUUUUUACUUCUUUAAUUAAGGUGGAUGUGCCAUCUGAAUAAAUAUGCAAGGGUUAUAUAAACCAAAUCUUUGGCUAAUCACACAGAUUAGUCCACGAAGCUCACAGUUGCUCUGAGUUGAUUCUUUUAUCAUCACUCUUCAACUUAGACAAGAGAUGAAAAGAGCUUUACAUUUUCAAUAACUCUUAAUAAAGUAUCAUUAAGGACCAUGCCAAAAUAGUUUUUAAAAUAAAUCCAGUUAUUACAGUUUUGAGUGUUCCUAUAAUUUUUUUAAAAAUGUUUAAUACUUAAGAUCGGGAAAAGAAAUGUGAAGACUUGCAUUCUAAACAAUUUCUUAUAGCUCUUGCUGCAUUAUUUUUAAUUAAACAUUUAAUGUUGUACUAUU